CAAAUUCUUCAUUUUUGCUUCGGAAUUUCAGUUUUCAUUGACAAGUUCUUUCUCUUUGCCAUAGCUGAUAAGGAGAGAUUUAAGGACUAAAAUUGGUUCUUCGUGAAACUUUUCCCGCCAAGAAAAAUAAUGUUGCCUCCGUGGCUUUCAAGUAUAGUUAAUUCGUGCCUAAAGCCUUUUAAGUCUCAAGACAACGUGAAUGAUGAUGAUGAUGAGCCUAGUACAUCCCCGCUUCUAUGGCGUAGAGAUAUUCAGAUGCAUGCUUGUGGUGAAUUUUCCUUCGCUGCAUGUCAGGCAAAUCGGGAAAUGGAAGAUUAUAGCCAAGUUGAGAUUGGCUCUAAAGCAUUAUUCGUUGGGGUUUACGAUGGUCACGGUGGUAAUGAUUGUUCCCGGUUUAUUAAAACUCGUCUCUUCAACAACUUAGUAGAGGCUGUUAGGAAUCAGGGAAGUAUAAACGAAGACGCUCUGAGGGAAGCUUUUGCUACUACAGAGAAUGAUUUUAUGUUAGUUGUUGAGAGGGGUUAUGAGUUACAGAAGAAAUUGGCAACAGCAGGUUCCUGUUGUCUGGUUGGUGUUAUCUGGGGAGGAGUCCUAUAUAUCGCCAAUCUUGGAGACUCUCGUGCCAUUGUUGGAACUUUAGGUAGAUGUAGAAAGAUCACUACUGAACAGUUGACAACAGAACACAAUUGCAUUAGGGAGGAAAUUAGAGAAGAACUUAAGGCUUUGCAUCCAAAUGAUCCAGAUAUUGUAGAAGUAAGACGAGGAGCAUGGCGUGUUAAAGGCAUCAUCCAGGUGUCCAGAACCAUAGGAGAUGCGUAUCUGAAGAUUCCAAGGCAUUUGCAGCCACCUCUCACUGUACCUGUGCUGUCUGCAGAACCAACUCUAAAUACAAGAAUUUUGACAUCCGAUGACAAAUUUCUCAUAUUUGCAUCCGAUGGACUUUGGGAACACUUGACAAAUCAGCAAGCAGCUGAGAUUGUUCACUCGAAUCCUCGAAGAGGGAUUGCAAGAAGACUUAUUAAGGCUGCUGUACAGUCGGCAGCUAAUAGAGCGAGGAUGGAAUAUACAGCGCUUCGGAACUUGCCGAGAGAGAGCAGACGGAUUUAUCAUGAUGACAUUACUGUGGUUGUUGUCUUCCUCGACGGUCCCUCACGUUCCGAUGUGGAACAGUUGUCCCUUAGAGCGUUCGAAGAGGAAGCUGGACCAUCAAAUUUUCAAAGUCUAAACGAUUUGAUGUGAUACAAGGAUUAUUCUUUCUACAACUGUAGCAAAUAAAGUUGAUUGCCUCUACCUAAUUCUGGUUCAAAACAAAAACAAGAAUCAAUAACAAUACACUCAGACAUAGUUUUGCAGCAUAUUGUUGUUGUGCUAUCAAGGUUCUUCUACUCUUAGCCUCACUUUA